GUCCAGCAUCUACACAAGAAACAUUUCCGUAGCUACUCUGCCAAGAUGCAAACGAUGCUGUUGCUCACCGCUGUGGCGCUGAGCUCGACCCUGGGGCUCGCCUACCCGGCAGAUUUGGUGAAGCUAAACGAAGAACUUGAGGCCACCGUCGCGCCAGUGGCCACGACUUCUGAAAUUGGGACUGUGGAUGACAGCCGUGAAGCCCCAGCCAAGCAGCGGUCUCGGAGAUCUCUCAGUUUGGACGACAGUAACGUUGCUCCGAAUAAUUUUCCUCAAACGUCUAUAGCUUCGUUAAUACAAAAUGAAAAUACUGGGCCUGCGCAGCAGCGUGAUGAUUUGGUUCACGCUCCUUCGAAACCUGACAAUGCGGCGAAAUCUACAGUAGAAGAGAUUGGGCAAUCCAGUGGAAGCGGACCAUCGAAUCCAUUGGAUCUUUUGGCAGAACUUGGCGGCAAAAUGAUUCAGGUGAAAAAACACAUUCUUGAGUCUUUGGAGUGAAAUGAAUUCAGCUCAUAAAUUUUGUGGACAACUUGCAUACAAAGCAAAAUGAUGGGGGCCGGCUUGGAUUUAAGGGGACGACUCCAACAUCUUUUCGGUAUUGCGUAUCAACACAGGAAUAUUAAACAACUGCAAUUCCACAUCAUACGCAGUGUACUAUAGUGUGCGCUGAAUUGCAAGCCUAGCUCGAUCACAUUACAUGUGAAGCGAUUUUAUUCAUCUGAAGGUUGAAGUUUAAACCAUAGUGACCAUACCAUUAACAAGCAGUUAUUUGUUCAUGCUUUACUUGUUUACCGUUGCUAAUUUCUCUUUUGGAAAGUUAUCCCUGAAGUAAAUGGGUUCGGUCCAUGCUUAUGGUUUAAGCAAUAAUGUUUGUACUUUUGAAUAUUAAUA